CGUAGAUUUCUUGAUUCAUAAUAAAACUAACAUAUGAAAAUAAUAAUGCUGCAUUAUCAGGUAAAGUUGACUCGUCCAGUUGUAUAGAGAAAUAGGUCUAUUGUUGCUUAAGGGAAUUCUUUUAAUGAUAUCAGAUGCAGGCUUGUGGAAAACAGUUUUUAAAACCUCUUCAACGGCUGGCAAAAUUAACUUCUCUCCGAUAGUAUGCGGUUUUCCGUAUUUUGCUAUAAGUAACGAGAUAUUGUAAGACGCCCGCAAACCCUCGUGACGUUGAAGCGAACAUUCUGUCAAGUGUAG